CUUGGUAGAAGCUUCGUCCACCCGCAUCUAAUGUCGGAUUACACAAUACAACAGAUCAUGCCUUUCGUUUCUAUAAUUUAAUUACAGCAUAAAAUUUAACUUAAUCGGACAAUGAAUAAUCUACUUACAAAGUUACACUUCUCCGUCACUCAUCAUUCACGUGUACUGGUUCAGGCAGCAUCAGUAUUUAGUUUUUCCAAUAUAUCCUUAAGGGCUUCACUGUUAAAGCAGCACCCACUUCUAGGCACUCUGUCAGCUAAUGAGAGACAGUACAGAUCCAUGCCAACCCAUGGGAUUGGUCGAUACAAGUACCUAUUGCCAAAAGAUAUGCCCAAGAAGAAGAAGGAUAAGCUCCAGAUGAAACAGAUCAAACCAGGAACUGAGACAGAGUAUGGAGUUGUGAAUGUGACUGUCUCGGGCUAUGACAUGACCCAUGUGGAGCACUACUCCCAGUAUAUACACAACAUCUGCAACCGCCUCAAGAUCAAAGUGGAUGAAAGCUAUGCUUUACCAACAAAGAGCACAGAAAUCAUGAUUAUGCAGGAGCAGGGCACCAAGAUGUACGUGGAUGCAGUGCUCAAGACUCACGAGCGAGUUGUCCAGUUGAGUGGUCUGAGCGCUACGAUGUGUCCUGUGUUUAUGGAGGUCCUGCUGAAAAACCAGCCAGAGGGAAUCCAACUGACUUUAAAGGAGCACACUGAGGCGGAUUACCAGUCCAGAUUCAAAGCACGACCAGAACUGGAAGGACUGAUUGCACAGAUGACCUGAAGAGGAGAAAUGUCAGACUUUCCUACCCAGCCAGCCAUCAUCCCUCCCCUAUGCAACUUUUACUCUGGUCUCUUGAAGAUGCUAAUUACAUUGAUGUAUAAACCUUUCUGAUCUGUUUUUAACCCUCCCUUAGUCUGGAAAAGAUGCAUAUAUGUGUAUGUCCUAACUUUGGCCCAAAUAAAUGUGGUAAUGUAAAUGCUUUCAAAAAGCAA